AUGCCGUCCUCGUCCAACACGACCGUCGACAGCCGCGUGUGCAACUGCCACCAGUGCCUGUCCGCUCGGCACAGCAUCCUCGUGUAUGGCGGCUACACCAGCGCAGUCCCGGCCGGCGGCGACGACGACGACGACGACGACGUGAUCCUCCUGAGGCGCCCGGCCGGCGUGUACACGGGGCAGCACCGCGCCAGCACAAUCAUGAGCAUGGGCCGGUCGGGGAAGCGGGCCAUGGCGCGCAUGCAGCUCGCCGAGCGCGCCCAGAGGGAGCGUGCCGCCGCCGCCGCCGCCGCCGUCGUCGUCCGGACGGCGGCGCGCGCGCCCGUGCAGAGCCUCGUCAUCGCCGCCGAUGCCACCCAGGCUGAGUGUGUUUGCUAG